AUGAAUCGAAUCGGACGAAAAAACGGUCCCUUCGCGAAUCUGCUCUCCGUCCGCCAAAACAGUCGAAAAGUCCCUGAGCACUUGAGAAGAGCAAAGAACAGCGGGGAAGAGGGGAUUUCCGUCACGCAGCUUUCUUCGAAAGAUUACUCGAAGUUCGCGCGCUGGGACUGGAUUCUACGCUUUGGAACGAUAGAAUUGCCUGACAACGUCAAAAUCGAGCUUUUAGCUCUCCUCCGAGAUCGCGAAGAAGAACCAGUCUGGUGGGAACUGCUCCGGAACGAGCGUUCUCUCGAAUUCGUCUUGGCUGAGAUUCGAAAACACCCGAAAAUCCUCCUUCAGCUUUCGCGCUUGUCCAACAGCAACAUUCUCAUCAAUUUGAUCAAAAACGGGCACUUCGAGAAGACAGAAGUGCUUCAAGAACUGAUCGCGCUUGGAGCAGACGUGAACGCCUCUGAAAAAGGAAAAAGCGUGCUCGAAUACAUCAUCGACACUGGCGACGCGAAGCUCAUCGUUCAGGCCAUCCGGGCAGGAGCAAAUGUAAACGUCAGACUUCCCUUUCACAUAAAACGCGCCGUCGUCGAAACUGCCUAUUCCAAGUUUACCAGAUCUCGAUAUUCGCACGGUGACAAAUUUAACGCCUUCAACGUGACCACCUUCGACAGCGAGAAAAAGGAAUUCGCCCUGGAACAAGUGGACAAUUUCGCCACAGCCUUUGACCUGGACCACGAAGCCGAGGAAAAGCGCCAGCUCGUCGAGGACCCAACGAUCUUCUGCCGCCUUUGUUUGGCAGACGACAUCGCCUUGGUCGAAGAAAUCAUCGAUUUUGCGAGCAGCGAGAGUUUGGAGAAGGCGUUUACGCUUGUUCUGGCGCGGGGGCAAAUUCAAAUGGCAAAAGUGAUUUUGAAAGGGUUCAAAAAGUCGUUUCAAAAAGAUGGAGAAGAGAGGGUCUUGGAGAAUAUGCUUUACCGAGCGCUAUUGGAAGGGAAGAGCGACGCUUAUGGAUUGAUUUUGGAAGCGCUGAAUAUCGAACCGGCGGAAAUUGCCGACUUCCACGUGAUAAAACGCGCCAAAAUCGUUCUCAAUCUGCUUGGACGAAAUAAUGCUCUUCAGGAAUUUCAAUUUCAAUUCCGGAAUGCGAGGAGAGAUCAAGGGAGAGAAAAAGAAAAUGAACCGAUCAUUGACGAUUUUAUCAAACAAAUUGGAAACGUCACCCUCCUCGCCGUGGAUGAUACAGAUCCAUCACUAGCUUCCAGAUGUUCUAGAACCGUGUCCGAUCUCAAGCCUGAUCGUAUUCUCCUCCCCCUAAACUCAACCACUAUUGGCUACUUAUUCCACUCGAUCGAAGGCCUCGCGCAGCAAUCAAAGAGCCGCUUUGACGAGAUUUCAAAGAAAUCCGCUCUAGAACGGACGCCAGAAGAGGAAAUGCAACGCACCUUCGACUACCGAGUCAUCCAAAGCGAACUCUGGCCCUUUCGCGAAGCCGUGGCGACUGUGGAAGCGGCCGCGAAACUGGAAGGAAAAAUGUCGGAACUGGUGAUGGCGGAGCCGGAGACAGAGGACGUUUAUAAAAAAGUUGGUGUUUGUAAAGAUCGACAUAAAUUUGAAGUUUAUACUCGCGAAAGAUUAAGUGACUUUGAUUCGUAUUCAAAGACCUGCUCGAAGGAAUUCCGUGAGAAGCUGAAAAAUACGCGCGAAUCAUAUUUUCCGGAAGCUAACGAAGCAUACUACGGGACCAAGAAAGACUUUCUCGUUUCCACAAUCCGGGAGCACUGUAAAGACAGGCGGAAAAGCUGCCUCUGUCUAGUAGACAUUGAGCUCUUUGAUAGUGUUCUUGAUGCCCUGCUGUAA